AAGGGGCCCUGUAGCGGCACAAAGUGGAAAAGCAGUUCAAUUCGUCGGUCUUUAUGGCUUCUGGCUCUGGAGAUGAAGAGGGAAGCACAGGAGGCGCUUCGUGGCGGCUCAUAGGCCCAGCCUCGGAGCUUUCCAAGACGCGCUGCCGUCUAAUGUACUCCUGCCUCGGCUAUGACUCUGACGUCUGCCUCUUCUACGUGAAGGGGGAGUUUUUCGCAAUGGAUGCUCGCUGCUCACACUCCGGAGGUCCUCUGUGUGAAGGCGACAUUGAGGAGGCUGAUGGAGUCUUGCAGGUCUUCUGUCCCUGGCAUGACUACGACUUUGACCUGAGAACUGGAAAGUCAGGGACCUCAUUACAGCAACAAGUGUACGAAGUCAAGCUGGAGGACGGCAACGUGUACGUGAAGCAUGCAAGUCGUCUCUCCUUACAGCCUUUCCCGGUGGAUCAGAAGAACUGAAAAACCUCAGAGGCUGCUUUGUCCUCCAGCCCUUGGUGAGAACUCCAAUUCCCUGACUGCGGAGUCUCCUGCUUGCAGUGAGCCUACUUGGGCUAUUUUUAAGACUUAUUCCACAAACCCAAGCCAUUUGAAACAUUCCUAAGCCUUAUCUGUCAUUUUCACAGACCGUCUCCACUUUGUUUGCAUUACAUAAAGUAUGAUAUCAGAGGAUUGUCUGAAGAGGGCAUUACAUCAUUAAAUAGUUUCAGGGAGAG